AUGGACUUCCGCCUCCUGGCCCGCGGCCUCCGCGCCAGGCCAACACCAUGGCUCCAACAGCAGAUACAGCUGCACCGCGUCGCCUCCCUCGUGAACGGAGUGCGCUACAAUUCCUCCAUCUCAUCACCAAGCACACCCUUCAAACCCACAUCUCCCACCGACCAGCCAAGCACAGCCCCCGAGGCGGCAAAGCAAGCUCAAAAGCCGAUCUCCAACCUCGACCAGCCAAGCACAGCCGCCCCCGAGGCCACAAAGCCAGCCCGCAAGCAGAUCUCCGACUUCGACGACAUCCUCAGCAAACUCGAACUCAACAAGCCCCGAGAAGUAUCCAGUAGCCAGCGUCGAAUCUUCUCAGACUCGCUUUCCCGGGCUGUCGGCGAAGGUGCACAGAGCAGCUACCGGGCGCGGUCGAGGGCACUCCUACCUACACGGAAGGUCGAGCUGAAGCUCGGGCCGACGCUUGGUCGGCAGGUUCACGUUGAGCCUGAGCGUGGUACUGACCUGGCUGGUGCGUUGCGCAGGCUUCAGGCUACUCUUUCGCAGAAUAGCGUUCGGCAUGAUGUCAACCAGCAGAAGUUCCAUGUGAGGAAGGGUAUGGUGCGCAAGCAAAAGAAGAUGAUGCGAUGGAAGAAGCUGUUCAAGUUCUCCUUCCAGGGGACUGUUAAGAAGAUUCAGCGUAUGCAGGCGCAGGGUUGGUAG